AAAAACAAAGCAGUAAAUGGCCCCAAGUCAGUAUCCAUGGACUACAGUGGAUGUGGUCAUGGGGAAGAAAAAAGAUUGGAAUUGAACCCACAUCCCCCUGAAAAUGUAACUGAAAAUGAAGAAAGUAUGACAGGUAUUGAAGUGGAGAAGUGGACACAGAGCAAGAAAUCACAUUUAACAGAUCAAGUCAAAGGAGAGUUUAAGGCAAUUGUGACAGAAGGUGAAAAACUGGGAAACUCUGAAGAUGACACGAAAAAAGUCCUACCUGACCCUCAAAAUUUGUUUGCACAAACGGUAAAAAAUGGCAUUAAAAAUGUACACUACUUACCAACGGAAACAGAUGUGUCUUUUAAAAAAUUCAACAUUGAAGAAUUUGGCAAGGUGUCCGAAAACAAUUCCUGUAAACCCCUGAUAGACACUGCAAACCAGAACAAUGCCAUGAGCUCCAUUGCUGCUAAUGCAAGCAGCGAUCAUCUUAUGGGGAGAAGCAAUGUUUUAGUCUUCCAGAAGCCUGUCUCUGAGUCUUUUCCUGAUCCUGCAGACUUCAACUGCAUGAGUCCUACGAGUACACGUACUGAAAGUGAUCAACCAAAAUCUCUAGAAAAUAUACCAACUUCAGAACCAAUACACGGAUCUCCAGUUCAACAAAAUCUUCUAUCCCUAGUGACAGAUAGGACAUUAACGCAGGAGCAAGUGGAUGUUAUAGAAGCUUUGGCUCAGCUUUCAAAACCCCCUGCAGAAAAUUCCUCACCAUCAACAUCUGAGAAGGAUGAAGAAAACGAGCAGAUGUCAGCUAGUUUGUUUAAUAACUGUAGAGCGUCAAUCUAUUCUGUAACAAAAGGCCUCAAAGAACCGUGUUUGCAGGGGGAGCCUCAAAGCCUUCACCACUGCCCAUCUGUAGAAAAGCAAAGUUCGUGCCACACCGUGGUGUUCAAUGGCCAGAGUCACAUUUCCAUGUCACAUAACAGUGCAGCUACUGACCAAGUAUCCCCGAAGCCACAGGAAUAUUCAAAAGCAAAAAAUUCCACAUCUCUUUUUACACCAAAUUCUAGUUCAUCUGAAAUUGACACCAAUAAAAAUGCUGUUCAUAAUAGCAGUAUUCUUGACAGUUGUUUAGAAAAUUUGCAUGAGUUGCCAUCCACAAGUGGUGAAUUGGGGUCCUGCAACCAGUUCCUGGACAGCAGCAAAAAGUUAGACUCAAAGGAUGAGCCAUCAUCAUGUCAAGAUGCAGUUCAUAGUCAAAUAGAGGAAGAUGUUGCUAACCAGUUAACACAACUUGCAUCAGUAAUUGAAUUCAGUUAUACAAAACCAGAGCAAACAAAUGUUGAAAGUACAUCAACAAACCUUGUGUAUAAUGUGCAAAAACACAGUCAGGAGAAGAACACAAUAAAACCGAAACCACGUUCCAGUUUAAAAAAUAACCAUGGCUCAUCAACAAAGCAAAAGAACAAAACCCGGAAAAAGACAAAAUCUGCUCCAUCCAGAGAACGGCGGAAAAAGAAGCCUGCAGUCACAAGUUGUCAAGAAAAUGAUCAGAAAAAGCAGGAAAAGUUGUCAUAUGAGUAUAAUAAGUUACAUGACAUUUGGAUAGCGUCUAAAUUUCAAAGAUUUGGUCAAAUUGGUCCACGUGAUUUUCCUAUUCAUUUGGGAAAAAUUCCUCCUGUAACCCACGUACGGACAACACUUACUCAAGCAAGUUUAGCAUUAAAACACAAGAAAUUAUUUCCUCCACUGGCUCAGAUAAAAUUUGAGCGAAAUUCUGGAUUAGCACAGGAAGAAAUGAUGAAUGUUGAUCCGCUGCAUCCUCACUCCAUAUUCCAUUUACAAACAGAAUCCAAUGGGCAGGCGUUUACAGAAGAAGUUUCUAAUUCUCAGGUACAGCCCAUCGUGCAUGUCAGUCAGGAAGCUCACCCUGUACUCCAGUCCUCCUCUCCCACCAAUCAGUGUGCUCAUGUGAUGGCUGACCAUGACCAAACACAGUUCCAGCAGGAUGUGGAAGACCAACUCAUGCAUCAGACGCUGCCAGCAUUGCCUAGUGUCUCUCAUGAGACCCCAUCAUCGGACCCAGGACAAGUGCUCACGAAUGUAAAUGUAGAACGUUCAGGUGGAAUCACAGUCGUUUCUACCACAAAUGAAGACGUGUUUUUAUCUAGUGUUGGAGCAUCCGAAGUUUCCCCAAUAGAAAACGCACAUAAUUUUCAUAAUUAUGCCAUGAACUUUUUAACUAAUUCUACAAGAAACCUGGUGUCCACAACGAAAGAUUCUGAAUUGCCAAUCUGCAACUGCCUUGAUCGAGUUAUACAAAAAGAAAAAGGCCCAUAUUAUACGCACCUUGGGGCAGGACCAAAUGUUGCCGCUGUCAGGGAAAUCAUGGAGACUAGGUAUGGGCAAAAAGGAAGUGCAGUAAGAAUAGAAAAAGUAAUAUAUACCGGAAAAGAAGCGAAAAGCUCUCAUGGAUGUCCUGUCGCUAAGUGGGUUUUAAGAAGAAGCAGCGAAGAAGAGAAGGUUCUUUGCUUGGUUCGGCAGCGUACAGGCCACCACUGUCCUACAGCAGUGACAGUGGUGCUGAUCCUGGUAUGGGAUGGCAUUCCCCUUCCCAUGGCAGACAGAUUGUAUACGGAGCUUACCCAAAACCUGAGGACGUACAAUGGGCAUCCCACAGACCGAAGAUGCACGCUCAAUGAAAAGUAA